CACAUAUGUCUUCUGCUCAAUGAUAGGAGUAAGAUGGCUCGUCUCCCUUCGACACCCGAUGAGAUCCUCGCAUCAAGCCGGUUUGACCCGGACUUCGAGGCCACAUGGAAGGCCCAAGGCUCCCCGUCCGGGGAUCCACCAUGCGAUAUUCCGACGCUGAAGAGCAUCAUGGAGAAGCAUUUCCCAUCCAUCCAGCAGAAAGCCACAGCUUGCCGGCCUGCAGGUGUCGUACAAGCCGAAUACCUCAUACCCCUUGAGACUGGUUUUGAGUCCCGCACCUUGGUGUGUCACGCAGCCCGGGAUGUGGAGAAAACCAGAGAUAAACUCUCUCCCAUUGUCGUUCUCUUCCACGGGGGUGGGAACUGUAUCGGCUAUCCAGAGUUAGAGCUCGAUCUCGCCUACCAGCUCGUGCUCACACACAAUGCUACAGUCAUCUGUCCCUCGGUGCGCCAGGCACCCGAACACCCCUUUCCGGCGAGCAUCAACGAUGCCUGGGCUAUCCUGCAAUACAUAGGUACCCAAGCAGGAAGGAGCGCCGACAAACAGAGCGGACCAUCCCUGCUUCCACCCAAUGCCUCAGCCUCAGCCGGCUUCAUAGUCGGUGGCUCGUCGUCCGGUGCUCAUACGUCGGGUGUGCUCGCACGCCUAUAUCUCGACGAGGAGCCCUCGCCGCCGCUGACGGGGCAGUUCCUCUCGUGCGGGGCAUACGUCAACCCGUCUGGCGUGCCGGCCAAGUUCAGGGAGGUAUACUUGUCGCGGGAGCAGAACGCGGAUGCCCCUGUGCUGACGCAAAGGUUUCUGCGGCUUUUCCAGGACGCGGAGAAGCCUGAUACGGGGUCGAGGCUGUGGUCGCCCAUGUGGGAUUAUCCGGAUUGUCUUGGAUUGAUGAAGACCAAAAUGCCGCCGGCGUACUUCCAGGCUUGUGGGCUGGAUCUGUCGCGGGAUGAUAGCUUGAUAUAUGAGAGGGUGCUGCGGGAGGAGUGCGGUGUUCCGACCAAGAUGGAUCUGUAUAGCGGAUUUCCACAUUGUUUCUGGAAUUCAUUUCCAGAAAUGGAGGCGAGCAAGAAGAGACUGAAGGAUAGUGUUGAGGGGAUUGGGUGGCUUUUGGGUCGGAUUGGUGCAAAUGCCAGUGGUUAGGACUUGGUGAGGCCUGCUGUGUUCCCUGCAGAGCUGGACGAUCAAUUCUAAUCAAGAUGUGUGAUAACAAGCU